AUGUCCGCUGAAGCCAAGUACUCUACUGAAGUUCUCUCUCAGUUGUUGAGCAAGUUACAAGUUGCUGACGACAAGGAAGAAGCUGCUGCUAAUGUUGCUUCAUUCUUGAACUCUUCAAUUGUUGAACACGAUGUUCCAGUUGAAUUUUUCACUGACUUGAAGGCCCAAAUCAAGGGUAAGUCAGCUGAAAAUGCCAUUGCUGCUUUGACUGCCUUAAACCACAUCACCACUGAUAUCAUUCCAUCUGUUGAACCAUAUGUUGUUGACUUAGUUCAAGAUGUCUCUACCAAGGCUGGUGACAAGAACAAGGAUAUCCAAGCCGCUGCUUCAGUUGCUUUAUUAUCUAUUGCUAAGUCUAUCACCCCAACCGCCAUCAAGGUUAUCUUGCCAAAGCUUACCGAGAACUUGUCUUCCACAAACAAAUGGACUGAAAAGGUUGCUAUCUUAGCCGCUAUUUCCCAAUUGGUUGACACUGCUAAGGGUCCAAUUGCCUUGAGAAUGCCUGAAUUGAUCCCAGUUCUUUCCGAAGCUAUGUGGGAUACCAAGAAGGAAGUUAAGGAAGCUGCCACCAAGACUAUGACCAAGUCUACUGAAACCAUCGAUAACAAGGAUAUUGAAAAGUUUAUUCCAAAGUUGAUUGCUUGUAUUGCCAAGCCAACUGAAGUUCCAGAAACCGUUCACUUGUUAGGUGCUACUACCUUCGUCUCUGAAGUUACCAUGGCUACCUUAUCUAUCAUGGCCCCAUUACUUUCUAGAGGUUUAGCUGAACGUGAAACUGCUAUCAAGCGUAAGGCUGCCGUCAUUGUUGAUAACAUGUGUAAGUUGGUCGACGACCCUCAAGUUGUUGCUCCAUUCAUGGACAAGUUGUUACCAGCUUUAAAGGCUAACUUUGCCGUCAUUGCUGACCCAGAAGCUAGAGAAGUUACCCAAAGAGCUCUUAACACCUUAAAGAGAGUUGGUGCCGUUGGUGAUGACGAUGUUAUCCCAGAAGUCUCUACUGCUGGUGAUAUCCCAGUCACCCGUGGUGUCUUUGAUGAAUUAACCAAGGACCAAAAGAUCGGUGCUAGAUUCGACGUUGCCGUCAACUACAUUGCUGGUAUUGCCGGUGACUUGAUUGAUGAACGUGACAUCCACCCAGACUCUUGGACCAAGAACUUGUUACCUUUCUCUACUAUUUUCUUACACGAAAAGGAAGCCAAGGAAAUCAUUGAAGAAUACAGAAAGAGAGCCAUUGACAACAUCCCAGAACCACCAAGUUUCGAAGAUGAAGAAGAUGAAGGUGAAGAUUUAUGUAACUGUGAGUUCUCAUUAGCUUACGGUGCUAAGAUCUUAUUGAACAAGACUCAAUUCAGAUUAAAGAGAAACAGAAGAUAUGGUCUCUGUGGUCCUAACGGUGCCGGUAAGUCUACCUUGAUGAGAGCUAUUGCUAACGGUCAAGUUGAAGGUUUCCCAACCCAAGAUGAAUGUAAGACUGUUUACGUUGAACACGAUAUCGAUGGUACCCAUGAAGACACCACCGUCACUGAUUUCGUCAUCCAAGAUGGUGAAGUUGGUUUAACCAAGGACGUUGUCGUUGACAAGUUGAGAGAAUUCAACUUUUCCGAAGAAAUGAUCAACAUGCCAAUUCAAUCCUUAUCUGGUGGUUGGAAGAUGAAGUUAGCUUUAGCUAGAGCCGUCUUAAAGAACGCUGAUAUCUUAUUGUUAGAUGAACCAACUAACCAUUUGGAUACUGUCAACGUUGCUUGGUUAGUCAACUACUUGCAAACCUGUGGUAUUACCUCUAUUAUCGUUUCUCAUGAUUCCGGUUUCUUGGACAAUGUUACCCAAUACAUUAUCCAUUACGAAGGUUUCAAGUUAAGAAAGUACAAGGGUAACUUAUCUGAAUUCGUCAAGAAGUGUCCAUCUGCUCAAUCUUACUACGAAUUAGGAGCCUCUGACUUGGAAUUCUCUUUCCCAGAACCAGGUUUCUUAGAAGGUGUUAAGACCAAGCAAAAGGCUAUCGUUAAGGUUAACAACAUGACUUUCCAAUACCCAGGUACUACCAAGCCUCAAAUUAGAGACAUUAACUUCCAGUGUUCUUUAUCUUCUAGAAUUGCUGUUAUCGGUCCAAAUGGUGCUGGUAAGUCUACUUUGAUUAAUGUCUUGACCGGUGAAUUAUUGCCAACUGAAGGUGAUGUUUACGUGCACGAAAAUUGUAGAAUUGCUUACAUUAAGCAACAUGCUUUCGCCCAUAUCGAUAACCACUUAGACAAGACUCCAUCUGAAUAUAUCCAAUGGAGAUUCCACACUGGUGAAGAUAGAGAAACUAUGGACAGAGCUUCUAGACAAAUCAACGAAAGUGAUGAAAACGCCAUGAACAAGAUCUUCAAGGUUGAAGGUACCCCAAGAAGAGUCCAAGGUAUUCACGCUAGAAGAAAGUUCAAGAACUCUUACGAAUACGAAUGUUCUUGGAUGUUAGGUGAAAACAUUGGUAUGAAGAACGAAAGAUGGGUUCCUAUGAUGUCCGUUGAUAACACUUGGUUACCAAGAGGUGAAUUAAUGGAAACUCACUCUAAGUUAGUCGCUGAAGUUGAUAUGAAGGAAGCCUUAGCUUCCGGUCAAUUCAGACCAUUAACCAGAAAGGAAAUCGAAGAACAUUGUGCUAUGUUGGGUCUUGAAGCCGAAUUAGUUUCCCACUCCAGAAUUAGAGGUUUAUCCGGUGGUCAAAAGGUUAAGUUAGUCUUAGCUGCUUGUACCUGGCAAAGACCUCACUUGAUCGUCUUGGAUGAACCUACUAACUAUUUAGAUAGAGAUUCUUUAGGUGCUUUAUCCAAGGCUAUCAAGGCUUUCGAAGGUGGUGUUGUUAUCAUUACUCACUCUGCUGAAUUCACCAAGGAUUUGACUGAAGAAGUCUGGGCUGUCUUAGACGGUAGAAUGACUCCAUCUGGUCACAAUUGGGUCCAAGGUCAAGGUGCUGGUCCAAGAUUGGAAAAGAAGGAAGAUGAAGAAGACAGAUUCGAUGCUAUGGGUAACAAGCUUGCUGCUGCUAAGAAGAAGGUUAAGUUAUCUUCUGCGGAAUUAAGAAAGAAGAAGAAGGAAAGAAUGAAGAAGAAGAAGGAAUUAGGUGACGCAUACGUUUCAUCUGAUGAAGAAUUCUAA